AUGCCUCACAAAUAUAUGUGCAUAUCAAAUACAUUCUUUUAUCAUCUUUCCCCAGUGAAUUCUAGGCUGCUACAAAAGAUGAAUGGCUCAAUGAUUACGAGGACGCUUAGUAGUAAUACCAGUUUAACGGUCCCCAUCAUUGGAGUUCCCAAAGUUGAUGCACAAAUAGAUACUGGCUCAAUAAUUGGGCAAUGGUUAAGAAAGAAACUUUUCGGUGAGGAAAAUGGAAGUUCAAAUGGAAGAGGGGGUAUUAGUAUUGAUACGGGGAUCUUGAAAGCUGUUCCUAAAAAGAAAGUGUCUCAUCAAAAGAAGAGACAAAGAUUAUAUGCUCCAGGUAGUAAACAAGUGAAAAUGAUUAAUAAUUUAAAUAAAUGUCCAUCUUGUGGUCAUUAUAAAAGAGCGCAUACGCUUUGUAUGUAUUGUGUUGGUGAAAUUCGUAGAAUUUGGAAUAGUCAAACAAGGAAACCUUAUGAAGAACCACCUCAAGAAAGGGAAUUAAGUGAUGUAGAUAAGAGGAUUUUAUACCCAGGUAAGAAAUUAACUAAAGAUAAGCAGAAAUUACUUGACAGGGAUUCUUAUUUAGAACGUAGAAUGAGAACUUUAUCGGUUGAAAAGAAAAAGUAA